AUGACAACAGGUUAUGGUUAUCCAUUACCUAGGAACCAUUGGAUACAAUUUGAUUCUCAUGAUCAGGUGACUUAUGGCUUAGUCUUGAAUGAAUCAGCUGUGAGAAAUGAAGUGUUACUAGUGGUAGCCGUGGAUUCUUAUGAGAAAAGAGAGCUUACGAAGGAUAUUUUAUGCUUCUUUCUGCCAGGGUUCAGGAUCACAAAAUUCGAACAUUUCAUUCAAAACCAUUCACUAGUGGAAGAAGCCACAGAUAUUCUGUGGAUUCCAUUUAAAUCAGACAUCAACCUUUGGUUUGAGAUCGUGCUCCCCGUUAUAAUCCUUCUAUCCAUCCUUAUUGUGUUGGUCGUCAUUGUAUAUGUCUGUUGUACAAGGAGGAGGAAGCUGUACCUACUCCACUCAGAGAAGCCCACGUUCCUGGAGGAGAGGAGACCUGUCAUUUUUCAGACUGAGGCCCCCGUGGAGGACCCCUCUCUUUGUCCCAGGAACCCCGCCAUUUUGUCACGUGAUAACGAGCUGUCUUCAUCUGAGGUGGACCUGAUAGAUCAAAGGUCACUUCCCUCCACCCCUGACUACAACCCUUUCAGUACAAUACCACCUCCUGUUUAUAGGGUACCCCCUCCCUACACCAAUAAUCACCAGUACUGGUAAUUCAAAGUCAAUAGUCAGUCUACCCCUGUAUAUAGGGUACCCCUAUCUACACCAAUCAUCACCAGCAUUGGUAAAGCAAAAUU